CCAUUCUGUAUAAUGAGUAAUGUUAUUUUGUGGGUAAUAAGUUAAAGUUUGAUUGCAAGACUUUUACCUGUAAUGGAGUAUUUUUAAAGUUUGGUAUUGCUACUUUUACUGGAGUAGAUUGUAUGAAUACUUCUAAUGGCUAAUGAGCAGGCUGUCAUAGGUGAGAUAAACUAAUUAAGUGGAUGGAGUAACGUUUGAAUUACAGAGUUUUAGUUGUGCAAUUGCUAAAAUUGUAUUUGCACUCCAUUUCAAAAUUGUUCAUCAAGGGUUAGGGUUAUGGCAUGUAUUAAUACUCCUCAAAAUUUAAGAGAUUGAGGACAUUUCUGUGUGUGUCUGUAUAUGUGUGUGGAUGAUCUUUACAGGAGCCAAGCUCUGAACAGUGGCGCCAUUGAUUUCCACCAACAGUAGCUGGGUGGCUGCAGUCCAGUCAUUGGAAGAAGGACAGAGGAGGAGUUUGGAAAGUAAACAUCAUUUGGCUUGACUCAUGCUCACAAAGGCCUCUUUCUGUCUCUCCAUCCCCACACUCUAGUGAGGACAGAAGCAGAGUUUUGGAUGCAGGUUGUAUGUUGGCUGCUGUGCCUUGGCCUGGCAGGGGCACUUGCUGUGCUGCAGAAGGACCAGGUGGCACAGCAUGCCAUCAAACUUUAUCGGAGUAAGGGGGCCACACACGGCCACAGCUGGGUGGCAGGCAAUUGCAAGCGGCUGGUGGGCCUCCUGCGUCAAAAGAAUGUGGUUGUCAAGAAACUGGCAGCCGCUGCUGAUGCUGUUGGACGAGACAGAGCACUUUCAGAUCCAGAGAGGCACUUCCAGGUUCACACCCUGGAGGUUUUUCAGAAGGAGCUGAAUGAGAGCGAGCACUUGGUGUUCCAGGCAGUGCACAGCCUGCAGAGAGCGCUGCAGGGAGACUACAAGGAUGUGGUCAACAUGAAGGAGAGCAGCAGACAGAGGCUAGAGGCCCUCAGAGAGGCAGCCAUAAAGGAGGAGCAGGAGUAUGUGGAGCUGGUGGCUGCUGAGAAGCACCAGCAGGAGGCUGUUAAGAGCGCACUAGCCCAGAACAAAACUCUGUCCAUGCUGGAUGAGAUCCUGGAGGAUGUCCGGAAGGCAGCAGACCGGCUGGAAGAGGAGAUCGAGGAGCACGCCUUCGACAACAACAAACAGAUGAAAGGAGUGAAUGUGGAGGCAGUGCUGAGAGUGGAGGAUGACGAUGAGAACGGAGGGAAGAGGAAGAACAAGUCCAAGCAGAAGGAAGUGGAAGAUGACCUGGGACUGAGCAUGCUCAUUGACUCGCUGAACAACCAGUAUGUCCUCACUAAACCACGAGAUUCCACAAUGCCAAGAGCAGACCAUCAUUUCAUCAAGGAUUUGGUGUCAGUGGUCAUGCUGUCUCUGCCCUGUGGUUGGAUUUGCACUCUGGUGGGUCUUCCUCCCAUGUUUGGAUACAUCAUCUGUGGGGUCCUGCUUGGUCCUUCUGGCCUCAACAGCAUCAAGUCUAUGGUCCAGGUGGAGACUCUGGGGGAGUUGGGUGUGUUCUUCACCCUCUUUGUGGUGGGAUUGGAGUUCUCACCUGAGCGCCUUCGAAAGGUGUGGAAGACGUCAGUUCAGGGUUCGUGCUACCUGAGUCUGCUCAUGAUUGGCGGCGGUUUGCUAUGGGGACAAGUCCUGCGUAUCCGACCCACCCAGACUGUCUUCAUCUCCACCUGUCUCUCCCUGUCCAGUACUCCAUUAGUGUCCCGCUUUUUAGCAGGGGGGAGCAGAGGGGAUAAGGAAGGUGAAAUGGACUACAGCAGCGUUCUCCUCGGGAUGUUGGUGAUGCAGGACGUUCAGCUCGGCCUCUUCAUUGCGGUCAUGCCCACUCUGAUCCAGGCGCAGAGCGGAGACUUGGACAGCAGCUUCCUGUUUGGAAGUCUCCGCGUGCUGUAUCUCCUGGCUCAGGUCCUGGUAUCUCUGGCUGCUGUGUUGCUGCUGUGCGCGCUACUCAAAUCAUUUGUGAUCAGCCCCUAUUACAAGAAACUGCACGCUGAGAGCAAAGGAAACAAGGAGAUCCUGGUACUGGGGAUGGCAGCGUUUGUCUUUUUCAUGCUGUCGAUAACAGAGUUUCUGGACGUUUCUAUGGAGCUUGGCUGUUUCCUAGCUGGAGCUUUGCUGUCCACCCAGGGUCACAUGGUCACCACAGAGGUCAUGGGAUGCAUCGAGCCCAUCAGAGAUUUCCUCGCCAUCAUCUUCUUCGCCUCUAUCGGUCUCCACGUGUUCCCUACGUUCGUGCUGUAUGAACUCACCAUCCUUCUGGUCUUAACACUCACACUCGUCAUUAUGAAGUUCGUGAUGGCUGUUCUGGUGCUGUCAGCGAUCUUACCUCCGAGCUCUCGACACAUUCGGUGGAUUGUCUCGGCUGGUCUGGCGCAGGUCAGCGAGUUCUCCUUUGUCCUGGGCAGCCGUGCGCGUCGGGCUGGCAUAAUCUCCAGAGAGGUGUACCUGCUGGUUCUCAGUGUCACCACUCUCAGUUUGCUGCUGGCACCAGUGUUGUGGAGAGUUACCACACACAAAUGGGUUCCCCGGUCCGAACGCAAAACUGUCACAUGACCAGACUGGUUUCAGGGCCAAAAUGUUACCAAGUAAUCUCAGCAACAUGACAAGAGGGAGACAAAAGCCCCUUACAGUAUGUUAACACACUCGACAAUGUGACAUGGCCUUUUUCAUGUGUGGACCAAAUGUUCGUCCUUUACUUCUUGCUUUGACAGACACCAAAACCUGGAUUUCUGAUUAAUUACUGGACUGACUGACUAAUUGAGGGAAAGAAAUAGUGGUGGGAAAGAGAAACACAGUAUCUGUAUCAUCUGUAAAUUGAUCUUUUCAACAGCUACAAUUUAAAUAAUUCCCUGCACAUUUAUCACACAGAGAAAACACUACCUUUGUAACCAGGGCCAUCCAUGUUACUUUGUUACAUUUACGUCUGUAUGCACUGUAGAAAGGACAUAGAUACAAAUUCUACCAUGUUAAAUUUGUGUCUAAACACAACAUGAAUCAGCCCCAACAAUCUUGAAGGCUUUAAAGUGUGAGUUUAAACCUGCAGUGCGGGAGUUUUCCUUUUAAAUGACCGUCCGUUACUGUCCGUCCAUCAAACAAGUUCACACAAUGCUGAUUAAGCACUGAUCACUACCAGAUUGUUUUCUCUGUAUUUCACAGUACACUGAGUUUUAAAAUCUUUCCUGCACUAGAAGAGCUGAAAGAGCACAUUCCUGUGCCAGGAAAUAGGCUACAAAUAGAUAAUUAUCUCAUCUGAUGACUCUAUCUGUUUUUCCCCCUCUGCCCUUAAUAGUGGGUGAGUGGGGUCACUGGUAUGCAGGCACCAACAGUGUCAACAGUGUUUAUGUAAUUACUUACAAUUCCAGAGGGGGGAGACAAAAGUCCCACACUCCAGUUUUAAAGCAUACUUUGAUUUGAAACACAUCUGUCUGACAAUUCAGUGGAGAAGCACAAAACACUCCUUCAGCUCUGAUGCUUUUGACACUAAAAAGUGUGCAUAAAGGAAAGGAAAAACUAAAAAAUGUUAAAUGUAUUUUCCAUCUCUACCAUUUGCAGCUCCUCAACAUAUAAAUAAUUUAGUUUUCUGUUGGCACUCAUUCUGUCUGCACUUCUCACAAAUGAAUCUUUUCCUCGUCACAUGGACCAACUCUGAGGGUCUAACUUAACUCCAUAUAUUGUUUCUUUUUUCAAGUAAAGUGUUUAUAUUUUUAUGUAUACAUACAUGUUUUUUUUAAUAGGGAAGCGCCUUUAUAUGAUAUAAAAAUAGCUUCCAUCUUCUCUCCUGAUAUUUACUGUACCAUACUGAUAUAUAGUUUGUUGCAGGUGGUAGACUGACUCUGAUUGAAGUUCAAACCUUCUAUCAGCUGUAUUUAAUAGAUGAUGUUUAUAGUUUAUUUUGAUCAUUGUAAUACUGUGAAUUUUGUUGUGAUGACACAUCCUAGUGUUACCAUAAAAACUACAAUUAAAACUAUAAACAACUUUAUUUAGUUACUGCUGGAGGCGCUCAUUUCUUGUCAAAUCUAAGAAAAUUAUAGUACAAUGCACAUCAGUAAAAAAAGGAACGGAGAUAAGUGAAAACUAUGUUAGGUAGCAGCUGACAACAACUACAGAAAAUACUUAAUCUGCUGAUGUUACAUUAACAGAAGAAGGUAAAUCUUGCACUAGUUACCGUUGAAUGUCAAACUGAUGUGCCUGCUCAGCUCCUCACUGCACUACAAAAGUGCAAUCUCAUUGCGAGUGAGCACCUCUGUGGCAUCUUGUGCUGUAAAUGUCCUUGUCUAAUCUUUCAUAAUGUGCAAUGUAAAUGUGUGUAGUGCUGUUUGUUAUUUUAUGUUUCAUAUUAUUUUUAUGAAGUAUGUUAACAGGAAAAGGAAUUUGAGUUUACAUGUUUGUGUUGGUGGCCGUGACUGAAGCUUCCACUUGCAAAGAAGUGUUGUCCUGAUCAAAUGUAAAUGUAUUUUUAAAUAAUUUAAUUAAAUCAUUUUAUUUAUUAAAAAGCAAUGAAACAAGUACUUCUCAGUUUUACUAUGU